GCGGGGAAGGACGAAGGGGUUGCUAAGACUAUUACGACCGAUCGCAGAAAGAUCUUCUAACCUGGAGGUUCCCCCCCGAGGCUCUUUCCCAUCUGCCUGGAGUCUCCUCCGCUUUCCAAGCUUUUCACCAUGGCUGACGGCGAGGACGUUCACGGCUUGAAAGGGGUGCUGGUCACCUUCCAGAGGUGUCUGAACAGCAAGGGAGAAAUCCUCGUGGACCCGUAUUUAGGAGGCUGGAAAGGACUCGUCAGGUUUCUAAACACGAUGGGGCCGAUCUUCUCCUUCAUUUCCAAAGACGCGGUGACCAAAAUCCAGAUCAUGGAGAACUUCCGCAGCAGCGAGCAACAGGAGGACUACAUCACCCUCCAAGCCAUGGUGAAGUACGAGCUGGCCAACGGGCUGGUGGACCUGAGGGAGCCCGGCGCUUACCCUGCCUCAGGCUGCCGAACUAUCCUUCGCCUCCACCGGGCCCUGCACUGGCUGCACCUGUUUCUGGAGGGCCUGAGGACUAGCGGCCCACGUUCCAAGACGUCAACGCUGUGCACAGAUUCCUACAAUGCUUCCCUGGCUAACUAUCACCCCUGGAUCGUCCGCAAGGCAGCCACCAUGGCCUUCUACGCCUUGCCCACCCGGGACGCCUUCCUGGAGAACAUGGAAGUGGGCACCACCGAGGAGGCCAUUGAGAUGCUGGGCGAGGCUCUGCCCAGCAUCAGCAGGGUCUACGAUAUCACGGAAAACCUCUACGCAGAGCACAAGCUCCUCGACCUGCCCUGAGGGGACAGGGGCCGGCCCAAGAGCGGCAGCUCUUCCUACAGCUGCAGCCCAGGCCUCGUCGAAAUAAUCUCCUGCUCUGCUCAACCGGGUUUCUUCUUGGAAAGCUCCAAGGCCUUCAAGCCAUCCCUGUUUGGGUUUCUGGCCCUGAAGAUAAAAAAAAGCCUUUAUGCCGUUUCCCCAAUCAGAAAGCUCUCCUUCUGCCCCUUUUCCUCCUUCCGAAAGCUUUGAUCCAGAAAUGCAUCCAGUCCCUGAUCUU